AAUAUCAAUAAACAUGAACUUUGUAAGUUAUGAUAUGCAUGUGAUAUCAUAUAGUUUAUAACCUGGGGUAUCUGCAGACUACUGGGUACCGAAGUUUUGGUGUUGGUUUUACUUGGUGUUAACUUUGAAGUGCUGUGGACAUGGUGAUAACUGGAUUUGACAGAGAAAAACGCUGUCACCGUGUAGUGUGAGGUAUUCUUGGGUGUUUUCGUCACGGAUUCGUAGAAAACAGAUUGACGGAAACCCAUUGUAGAUAUUUUAGUAUUUGAAUAAGCUAGAGUAUAUGAUAAAGCGCAUUGUUCAAUCAUUGCAUUGUCAACAUAAACGCGAUAUAUACUCAACAUGGCGAGAAGUCUAGUGAUCAUCGCUGUGCUGGUGGUUGUGCUCCAUGAGUCAUACGGUCGCCCGUCAGAGUCGACAGCGUGGACGAGCUGGAAGACACAGCACGGUAGACGGUACUCAACGAAGGAGGAGGAGCUCGUCCGAUGGAAGACGUGGGUCAAGAACAACCGACUCGUCGACGAGAACAACAGAGCUUACGAUGAGGGAAGACGAUCGUUUAAGAUGGCGAUGAACGACUUAGCGGAUCAGGAUAUGAGUACAGUUCAAAACAAGUUUGACGUGCAAGCGAACCUACUCAAUGCAGAAAGAAAGCGCAAGUCGUCAGGGACAUCAUCAUCGUCAUCGACUUUACCGUCAUCAUGGGAUUGGAGAAAGGAGGGCAAGGUCAAUCCUGUCAGGAACCAAGGCCAGAUGAAUUUAGCUCUGCCGAUGAAUGUAGCUGAUGCCGUAGCUAGCUACUCGUCCAUCUACGACCAGACUUACCUGUACGCACUUUCCGUCGACGAGGUGGUUGACUGUUGUCUUCCUGAUCCCUUCGAACACCCUCACGUCUUCGACUGCGUGCACGAUCACGACGGGCUGUGUCUGGACGGUUCCUAUCAUUCUGGCUCUGCUCCGAACGUCUGCAAUAACGCAUCGUGUAAGGCCGUCGCAUCGUGUAACGUUGGUAAGUCCGUAACUCAAGGUAACGAAUCGGCACUCGCUGAAGCAGUCUACUUCACACCCGUCGUGGUAGCCAUAGACGCAAGUCAGCCGUCUUUCCAAUUAUACGUCAGCGGCGUGUACAGUGAUCCUAACUGCUCGUCGACGCUAUUAGAUCUUUCCCUGUUGUUGGUAGGCUACGGUGUUUCUUCGGUGGGGACCGAGUACUGGAUAUGCAGGAACACAUGGGGAGAAGAGUGGGGAGAGAAUGGCUAUAUCAAUAUUGCCAGAAAUCACAACAAUAUGUGUGGCAUCGCAACGGACGCUAUCUACCCGUCAAACAAGUAAAUACACUGGCCAUGAAGGGCUGACUCCACCCCCACCCAACCCCCUUUUUGAAUGGCAAAAAGGAUAGAAAAUAGGAAAGAAAGGGGAGUGCGAGAAAUGGAACGGAAAAUGAGACGAUGCUACAUCUUCCCACACCCUCCCCCUUAAACUAAUUGCCCUGAUAAUUUCAUCCAACGACUGGUGCCCCCUCCAUCUCUUUCAUGAUGUGAUCCGCGGUGAUUCACAGUGAGUGAAAUAUAUCAUCGUCUUCUGCUAUACGCUCUACUGGUCUGAUCCAUAUGAUCACUGGUUGAUAUAGGGGAAAUAAACUUAUUAAAUACAAUCGUCACCCAAAGGCCCGUCUUCUACACUGAUUAUAAAAUGCACAUAUCACCUACAAUUAAAUUGCUUACAGCUAUGAUGCAUGAAAUCAACCUGAAAAAACAACUUCAUCUGGCUUUAUAUUGGCCAGCGGAUAAGGAGUAUGAAGAAAAUAAUGAAUAACAUAAAACUGCGCGCACGGAACCCAAGGUAGGACUUGGGUCAGGUGCGAGACCUAUUUGUUCAAGUGGCUACGGUUGCGUCGAGUAUUGCUGUUGUUGUUGUAGAGUUUAUAUGACUGUUCAAUCUGAAAAGAUAUUUCCGCCUGGCUAUACUGUUUUUCCAGUUAUUCAUCAGCGUAUUCAUGAUGUACUCACAAGAUGCUUUUAUGUGAAUGAAUUUGUAGAGAGAAAAGUAUUCUAGCGCCAUCUUUCGUCAUUAAACAACUAAUCCGUUCCUUGCGAACAUGAUUUGUAUGUACGGUUUCCGUUGUGAUCCGUCUGUCACCCCUCUCCAGUAUCUACAUUUAAACCUAAAAUUAAAGGUGAAGAUAACGUUUUAAGGCGGCCAUUGCAUACUGUCAUUUUUUUCGCCGGUUGCACAUAUUGUCCAUUAAUGCUUGAAUGUACAACAGGUCUCCCAAAUUUCGUCUAAAUGUUAUUUUUGACCCGA